GAAGUCCUCGGGUAGCGGAACGGAGGUCGCGGUGUCCUGACCAUGUCGGUCCUGUCAGCAGCGGGUCUCGGUUGGAGAAGGCUGAUCACCUCACGCAACAUCCAGCGCCUGGCCUCCUCUGCUCCGCUAUGCCGGGCCUUCCACUUCGACGUGUCCGGCCGGAGAUCGGCCCGAGUGUCGGAAUCGAUCUCGGCUCAGUACCCGGUGGUGGAUCACGAGUUCGACGCCCUGGUGGUCGGGGCCGGCGGUGCCGGGUUACGGGCAGCCUUCGGGCUAUCGGAAGCCGGGUUUAACACGGCCUGCAUCACCAAGCUCUUCCCCACCAGAUCUCACACGGUGGCGGCCCAGGGAGGAAUCAACGCGGCGCUGGGGAACAUGGAGGACGACGACUGGCGCUGGCACUUCUACGACACGGUGAAGGGUUCUGAUUGGCUGGGAGAUCAGGACGCCAUCCAUUACAUGACGGAGCAGGCUCCGGCCUCCGUCAUCGAGCUGGAGAAUUACGGCAUGCCGUUCAGCCGCACGGAGCGCGGUCAGAUCUACCAACGCGCCUUCGGAGGUCAGAGCCUGAAAUACGGCAAGGGGGGCCAGGCCCAUCGCUGCUGCUGUGUGGCCGAUCGUACGGGACACUCCCUACUCCACACCUUGUACGGCCGAUCCCUCCGCUACGACACCAGCUUCUUCGUGGAAUACUUCGCCUUGGACCUCCUGAUGGAAGACGGUGAAUGCCGCGGCGUCAUCGCCCUGUGCAUGGAGGACGGGUCCAUUCACCGCUUCCGCGCCAAGAACACCGUCAUCGCCACCGGCGGCUACGGCCGCACCUUCUUCAGCUGCACCUCGGCGCACACCUGCACGGGGGAUGGGAACGCCAUGGUGACCCGGGCCGGCCUGCCCUGCCAGGACUUGGAGUUUGUCCAGUUCCACCCCACCGGCAUCUACGGGGCCGGCUGCCUGAUCACCGAAAUAUCCGAGACCGCCAUGAUCUUUGCCGGGGUGGACGUCAACAAGGAGCCCAUCCCCGUCCUCCCCACAGUCCACUACAACAUGGGGGGGAUCCCCACCAACUACAAGGGACAGGCCAUCGUCCACGUCGGCGGCGAGGACCAGGUGGUGCCGGGGCUGUACGCCUGCGGCGAAGCCGCGUCCGCCUCCGUCCACGGAGCCAACCGGCUGGGCGCCAACUCCCUCCUGGACCUGGUGGUGUUCGGGCGUGCCUGCGCCCUCAGCAUAGCCGAGAGCUGCACACCCGGGGAGCCCCUGUCGCCCCUGAAACCCAACGCGGGCGAGGAGUCCGUGUCCAAUCUGGACAAGCUGAGGUUCGCCGACGGAAGCACCAGAACCGCCGAGCUGAGGCUCAACAUGCAGAAGACCAUGCAGACGCACGCCGCCGUCUUCCGCACCGGCUCCGUGCUGAAGGAAGGCUGCGAGAAGCUCGGCGCCGUCAACUCCGCCAUGGACGACAUCAAGACCUUCGACCGCGGAAUCGUCUGGAACACGGACCUGGUGGAGGCGCUGGAGUUGCAGAACCUGAUGCUGUGCGCCCUGCAGACCAUCAACGGGGCCGAGGCCCGCACGGAGAGCCGCGGGGCCCACGCCAGGGAGGACUACAAGGUGCGGGUGGAUGAGUACGACUUCUCCAAGCCCGUGCAGGGGCAGCGGAAGAAACCAAUGGAGGAGCAUUGGAGGAAGCACACCUUGUCCUUUGUGGAUAAGAAGGGGGAGGUGACCCUGAAGUACCGGCCCGUGAUCGACUCCACGCUGAAUGAAGAGGACUGCGCCUCCGUCCCCCCCGCCAUCCGCUCCUACUAAUCAGACUCCGCCCCCUUUCCC